AUGAUGAGGAAGAAGAGGAAGCGGGGCGCGCCCUCCGGCCCAUGCCGCCGCCCCGGCCCGGGACCCGCCACGGCGCCCGCGCCGCCGCCCUCGCCGGAGCCCACGAGAGCUGCAUGGACGGGCAUGGGCUUGAGAGCAGCAUCGCCCUCCUGCGCCGCCGCCGCCCCAGCCUCCUCAGCCGCUGCAGCCGGGGCUGAGCAGCGCCGUCGCCCCCGCCGCCGCCCCGGGCUCGGCCCGCCGCCCCUGGCGCUGCUGCUGCUGUUGCUGCUCAGCCUCGGGCUGCUUCAUGCAGGUGACUGCCAGCAGCCGGCCCAGUGUCGAAUCCAGAAAUGCACCACGGACUUUGUGUCCCUGACUUCGCACCUGAACUCCGCCGUCGACGGCUUUGACUCUGAGUUCUGCAAGGCUCUGCGGGCCUACGCUGGCUGCACCCAGCGGACUUCCAAAGCCUGCCGUGGUAACCUCGUGUACCAUUCUGCUGUGUUGGGGAUCAGUGACCUCAUGAGCCAGAGGAACUGUUCCAAGGAUGGACCCACGUCGUCUACCGACCCGGAAGUGACCCAUGACCCUUGUAACUAUCACAGCCACGCGGGAGCCAGGGCACACAGGGGCGGGGACCAGAGCCCUCCCAAUUACCUUUUCUGUGGCUUGUUCGGAGAUCCUCACCUUAGAACUUUCAAGGAUCACUUCCAGACAUGCAAAGUGGAAGGGGCUUGGCCACUCAUAGACAAUAAUUAUCUUUCGGUUCAAGUGACGAAUGUGCCCGUGGUCCCUGGAUCCAGUGCUACUGCGACAAAUAAGGCAAGUAUCACCAUCAUCUUCAAAGCGCACCGGGAGUGUACGGAUCAGAAAGUGUACCAAGCCGUGACCGAUGACCUGCCGGCCGCCUUCGUGGAUGGCAGCACCAGCGGUGGGGACGGCGACCCCAAGAGCCUGCGGAUCGUGGAGCGGGAGAGUGGCCGCUCAGUGGAGAUGCACGCGCGCUACAUGGGGACCACGGUUUUCGUGCGGCAGCUGGGCCGCUACCUGACGCUGGCCAUCCGCAUGCCCGAAGCGCUGGCCAUGGCCUACGAGGAGAGCCAGGACCUGCAGCUGUGCGUGACCGGCUGCCCCCUGGGCGAGCGCAUCGACGACGGCCAGGGCCAGGUGUCCGCCAUCCUGGGGCCCGGCCUGGCCCGCGGCCCCGCAGCCCCGGCCUGGCCCGGCUACACGCUGGAGACGGCCAGCGCGCGGUGCCACGAGCGGAUGCCGGUGAAAGACAUCUACUUCCAGUCCUGCGUCUUUGACCUGCUCACCACCGGCGACGCCAACUUCACUGCCGCCGCGCACAGCGCCCUGGAGGACGUAGAGGCGCUGCACCCCAGGAAGGAGCGCUGGCAUAUUUUCCCGAGCAGCGGCCGCGGGGCUCCCCGUGGACGCCCACUGUGGUCUGUCAGUCUGGGACUCACAUGCUUGAUCCUUGUGUUUUUGUAG